AUGGCCGAAGAGCAGAAGGAAUUGAAAGGACUUAGAAAUGUUCGCAUUUACAUUCCAAUCAACGGAUCACAAACGAUUGAUUUUGGAUUUAAAGCUCGCAGUGCUUUUGCAUUUUUUCCAAAAAGUGAUGAAUUUAAUGAACGAUCGAUGAUGCUUAUUCGAAAUGGACGCUUAGUUCGAGAAGGGGUGAAAUUUUAUGAAGGACGUGUGCAUUACUCGCAUGGUAAGUUUCGCAUUCGAGAUUUUCAAGAGCGUGAUACAACGGUGCUAUUUUUUGAAGGACCGAACAAUGCACCACAGAAGUAUUCUAUUGAAGCAGAAAAAGAUUAA